CUUUCCUUCAGUAAAGUAACUUUUAUAACCUUAAAAAAAACGCCGCAAACGACACGUGUUAAUUUGUUUUUUUUAACAGAUUUUAUCAUUAAAUAAAUAAUAAUGGUCCUGUGUAACAUAAAAUGUGUGCAGAGAAUAUCAAAAUAUUUAGAUGUCACACCUGGAAAAGUGCACAUGUCGGAAAAUAAUGUAGUUGCUAUGGAUAAUUUAAUUAAAAAUCAGUCAAUUGAAGGAUUUAGUACAAUCGUUCAAGCACUAACGAGUUCUUCAAAUUUGAAAAAUCUUCUUGGAGAUGAUGCUGUAUCACGAGCUUUAACUCAACAAUGGCUUGAAUAUGCAUCUGUUUGUGCAAAUUACGCUGAUAAUUCUGCAAAUACCAAAAGAGUAUUAAAGGAAAUGAAUACGUUUCUAAAAUCCACCACAUAUUUAGGAGGAACAAAAUUAUCCGUCGCUGACGUCUCCUUAUAUUAUAUUUUGCAUUCUAUAAUGAGAGACUUGACGCCUUUGGAAAAAAGGGAAUAUAUUCAUGUUUCAAGAUGGUUUGAAAAUUUGCAAAAUGAUGAGAAAAUAAGACAGAAGUUAGAAUUAAUCAAUCUCAAUAUAAUGUAUAUGCAAUUGUGAAGAUAGAAAAUUUAUUUUUCCCCUUUUUGUAAGUUUUAAUACAAUUAAAUUUAAUUUAAAUCCA